UGUUAACGAUGUAAUACACGCUGGAUAUAGUUGUGUCUCUUUUGAAGCUGGACUGAAUUUGAUACUACGUACAUUUUCUAGGCCCCUCUGAGAGCUGCUGAAUUGCGGAAUGGUCCGAGCAACCAUCACAAGUUUUUAAAAAGUCUUGUGAAAAGAAUACAAAAGGAAACCCCAACCUCAAGCACCAAUACCAAGAAUGUUAAACCCAGACCUCAGAAGCUGUGAAGGAGAGGGAGAUGCAUGCGUUUUGGGGCAGCUGCCAGCAGGUGGACUCUGAAAGCCCUUAUAGAAGCAGUGCUUCCUGUGGAGGCAACCAGAAGGUACCAGCCCGUUGAGGUGCUUUCCUCCCCACCAUCCUGUACUACACAACCCAGCGUGGCCUGCUGGAGCAAGAUGAAGUGGAAGAGGAUCACUGUCUUUGUUACCUUACAGGCUCAGCUCCCACUUACAGAUGCUGUAUCAGUUCUUGGACUGACAGACCCCCGACUCUGCUACUUGCUUGAUGGAUUCCUCUUCAUUUACGCAGUCAUCAUCACAGCCCUUUUUGUGAAAGCUAAGCUCAGCCAGGCCUCUGAACCACAGCAGCUGCUGGGCCAAGACAAUGUGUAUAAUAAACUGUCCCGUGGGCACAGAGAUGAAUACGAUGUGCUGGGCACCAGGCGAAGUGCAGACCUUGAGAAGGGUGGGAGACACGAGCAGAGAAGAAAGAACCCCCAUGACACCGUUUACACCUCCCUGCAGAAGGACAAGAUGGGCGAGGCAUACAGCGAGAUUGGGAAGAAGGGAGAGCAGCAGCGGCGGCGAGGGAAAGGGAACGAUGCUGUUUACCAGGGGCUCAGUGCAGCGACCAAGGACACAUACGAUGCUCUCCAGAUGCAGCCCCUGCCCCCCCGCUAAGUGGGAGUCACGGUGGGGACUGGCAGCAGGGAGGGAUGCCCACGUUCUUGGGGGGGGAGGG